AUGACCAUCCCAGAUGAGGUUGAUAUCAUCGUGUGCGGUGGUGGGUCAUGCGGUUGCGUGGUCGCUGGUCGACUGGCCAACCUUGACCACAAUCUCCAGGUCAUGCUCAUCGAGGGAGGAGAGACCAAUCUGAACAAUCCAUGGGUCUACCGGCCAGGCAUCUACCCAAAGAACAUGAAGCUGGACAGCAAGACGGCUUCCUUCUACUACUCCCGUCCCUCGGAAUGGCUUGGCGGUCGCCGCGCUGUGGUGCCAUGUGCCCACAUCCUUGGUGGUGGUUCCUCGAUCAACUUCAUGAUGUACACUCGAGCCUCAUGGUCCGACUACGAUGACUUCCAGACACCGGGCUGGACGACCAAGGAGCUUAUCCCGCUCAUGAAGAAGCAUGAGACUUAUCAGCGUUCCUGCAACAACCGCGACCUCCACGGCUUUGAGGGACCUAUCAAGGUCUCUUUCGGCAACUACACUUACCCGAUUAUGCAGGAUUUCUUGCGGGCUACGGAGUCCCAAGGCAUUCCCACUACCGAUGAUCUACAAGAUCUUGUCACCGGCCACGGUGCUGAGCACUGGCUAAAGUGGAUCAACCGUGACACUGGCCGCCGGUCCGACUCAGCCCACGGCUACAUCCACUCCACCCGAGCGGUGCACCAGAACCUCCACCUGGUCCUCAACACGAAGGUGGACAAGAUUGUCUUGGAGGGAGACCGUGCCGUUGGCGUCCAGACAGUUCCCACCAAGCCGCUUUCACCCGGCCAGAACCACUCCAAAAUCUACAGGGCACGGAAGCAGAUUGUUGUCAGCGGCGGUACUCUGAGCUCGCCUCUUAUUCUGCAGCGAUCUGGUAUCGGUGACCCAGAGAAGCUCCGCAAGGCGGGCGUCAAGCCGCUUGUCGACCUACCAGGUGUCGGUCUCAAUUUCCAGGACCACUAUCUCACCUUCGCCACCUACCGCGCGAAGCCACAUGUCGAGUCCUUUGACGACUUCGUGCGCGGCGAUCCCGCAGUGCAGAAGACCGUUUUCGACCAGUGGAACAUCAAUGGCACUGGACCACUGGCUACAAACGGUAUCGAAGCUGGCGUGAAAGUCCGCCCGACCGAGGAAGAGCUCAAGCAGAUGGACAGCUGGCCAUUCCCGGAAUUCAGGAGCGGAUGGGACAGCUACUUCAAAGACAAGCCAGAUAAGCCCGUUAUGCAUUACUCAGUCAUUGCUGGUUGGUUCGGAGACCAUAUGCACAUGCCGCCCGGGAAGUUCUUCACCAUGUUCCACUUCCUCGAGUACCCCUUCUCCCGGGGCUCAACCCAUAUCGUCUCCCCCAACCCAUACGAGGCGCCUGACUUCGAUGCCGGUUUCAUGAAUGACAAGCGCGACAUGGCUCCCAUGGUCUGGGGCUACAUCAAGUCCCGUGAGACAGCUCGCAGGAUGGAUGCCUACGCCGGCGAGGUAACCGGCAUGCAUCCCUUCUUCGCCUUCGACUCUCCCGCCCGCGCCAAGGACAUGGACCUCGCGACCACACAGGCAUACGCCGGGCCCAACCACAUCACCUCUGGCAUCCAGCACGGUUCAUGGACCAUGCCCCUCGACGAAGGCAAGGCCCCAGAGAUGUCCUUCCUGAACUCGAACCAGCAAGCGAUCCGCGAAGACCUGAACUACACCACCACAGAUCUGAAGCACAUCGAGGAAUGGACAAAGCGCCACGUCGAGACCACCUGGCACUCUCUCGGCACGUGCUCCAUGGCGCCCCGCGAGGGCAACUCCAUCGUCAAGCACGGUGUCCUGGAUGAGCGGCUCAACGUGCACGGCGUCAAGGGCCUGAAGGUCGCGGAUCUGUCCAUCUGCCCGGAUAACCUUGGCUGCAAUACCUACAGCGUCGCGUUGCUGAUUGGCGAGAAGUGCGCCGUGUUGGUUGGCGAGGAUCUUGGGUACAGUGGCAGCGCGUUGGACAUGAAGGUCCCGCCGUACCAUGCGCCGAGGGAGAUUGUUGGGUUGUCGAGGCUGUAA